UUUAUGAAACAUAUUGACAGAGCAGCCAUCGUCUGCUCCGAUAGUAUUUUAUAGGUUUAGUACUUUAGGGCAGCUGAUGACAAGAUGUCUGAAGGGGACGCGGUUAAAGUAGUCGUCAGAGUAAGACCGCUUAUUCAAAGAGAGCAAGGAGGAGAUCAAGUGAACCUGUUAUGGAAAGCUGAAAAGGCAAGCAUUUCUCAAGUUGAUGGAACCAAGACCUUUAAUUUUGAUCGUGUGUUUCAUUCUCAUGAAACAACCACUCAGGUUUACCAGGAAAUCGCAGUCCCAAUUAUACGUGCGGCUUUACUGGGUUAUAAUGGCACAAUUUUUGCAUAUGGCCAAACAUCUUCUGGGAAGACCUAUACAAUGAUGGGUACAGAAAAUUCAAUGGGAAUCAUUCCACUGGCUGUUCAAGAGAUUUUUAGAAUUAUUCAGGAGAUUCCUGGUAGAGAGUUCCUCUUGCGUGUUUCGUACAUGGAAAUCUACAACGAAACCGUGACAGACCUCCUCUGUGAUGACCGAAAAAAGAAGCCUUUAGAAAUUCGUGAAGACAUUAAUAGAAAUGUAUAUGUUGCAGACCUGACUGAGGAAGUUGUAGUUAUCCCGGAACAUGUACUCAAAUGGAUAAAAAAGGGUGAAAAGAACAGACAUUAUGGAGAGACAAAAAUGAAUGAGCAUAGUAGCCGUUCUCAUACAAUUUUUAGAAUGAUUGUUGAGAGCAGGGAAAGAAAUGAUCCUGGAAAUGCUGAGAAUUGUGAUGGAGCUGUUAUGGUGUCACAUUUGAAUCUUGUAGACUUGGCAGGCAGUGAAAGAGCAAGCCAAACUGGUGCUGAAGGAGUGAGAUUGAAAGAGGGGUGCAAUAUCAACCGUAGUUUGUUUAUCCUUGGGCAAGUCAUCAAGAAACUAAGUGACGGACAAGUUGGUGGUUUCAUAAACUACAGGGACAGCAAGCUCACAAGAAUUCUGCAGAACUCUUUGGGAGGGAAUGCUAAAACUCUUAUAAUUUGUACAAUAACACCAGUUUCCUUUGAUGAAACAUUAAGUACACUACAGUUUGCUAGUACCGCAAAACAUAUGAGGAACACUCCGCAUGUAAACGAGGUUUUGGAUGACCAGGCUUUGCUCAAGAGAUACAGAAAGGAAAUAAUGGAUUUAAAGAAGCAGUUAGAAGAUCUAGAGGCUUCAUCUGGGACACGAGCUCAAGUUAUGGCUAAAGAGGAGUAUUCACAGCUGUUAGCAGAAAUUCAACUACUUCAAAAAGAAAGGGAGAACCGGAUAUGGAAUUUAACUAGUAUUGUAGUGGCAUCUUCACAAACAUCUAAAGAAGACCAAAGGUUAAAACGGAAAAGAAGAGUUACUUGGGCUCCUGGGAAACUUCAAAAUAGUUUGUGUAACGUAGAUGUUUCUAGCUUCAAUGUCUCCUCAAUUACUGCCAGCAUUUCCAAAAGAACGAAGUUGUCUGACUUGCCUCCUUUAACAGAAAAUGACGAUUCUUGCUGUACUGAGUUUUCGGAUUUUGGAGAACUAACCAAUGUACUUGAAGACUUUGUGCCAGAAACAGAGUUACCUUAUGUGAAUAAAAGCAGUCGCAGGGAAAAUGUGACAUUAUCAGAAUCUACAAUAGAAGUUGCAUCUGAUGGACCCACAUAUGGCAGAGCCCAAUCCCACGAUUUCAAUCUUCAGAAAUACAAAGAAAUGGAACAGAAGGCCACAGAGUUAGAAAAUCAGUUGAAAACAUUAACCAAGAAAACUGAAAUUGAAGCAGAGAAAAUAGAAUCACAGAGAAAGGAAAUCCUAAGUCUGCAAACCCAGUUGCAGACAAAAGAAGAGGAAAAAAAUGAACUUCGAAAAAGCUUUGAGCUGAAAUUAAAAGAUUUUGAAAGUCCGUUUCAAGGAGAAAAGAAUGGGAUUGAUAAGCCAUUAAUGGAGAAUUCCAAAAUUGCUGAACACGAGACACAAGAAGAAAAUAAAGAUUUAUUUGUUUUGCCAGAUAUAAUGCUUGACCCAAGUAAGAAUGAAAAAUCUCAGACUGUUCAUGAUGAAUGUGAAGAACAAAGAAAGAUGCUUGAACUGAAGAUUUUAGAUUUGGAAGACAUUAUAAAAAACCUUAAUAGCUUACAGAACGAUAAAGAGAGACAAAAAUGUAAUGAACAAGAUUUCAUAGAAAGUAUUCAGCUCUGUGAAGUCCUAAUGACCGAAAAAGCUAAUGCACUUGAAGAGCUGGCUGUCGUGCGUAAUAACUUUGACAGUAUCAUUCUGGAGAAUGAAACCUUGAAGAGGGAAAUUUCUGACCUAGAACGUCAGCUUGAGGAAAAGCUUGAAACUGACAACUUUGAAAUUCUGGAGAAAGAAACUCAAAAGGAGCAUGAAGCACAAUUAAUCCAUGAAAUCACAAGCUUAAAGAUGGUAGUUGAGAACAAAAAUGUAUAUAUUGAGGAGCUUAAGGCUGAAUUUGAAAGCAACUCAAAACUUCUAAAAGUAAAGGAAGAGCAACUUGACGAUUUAAAGAAACAUGCAGAGGACUUGCAGAAGAAAGUCAGAAAUAUGGAUCUCUCUAUUUCUGUGGGUGGUAGUGAGAAAUUAUGUGAAGAAAUCUUUCAAAUAAAACAAUCUUUUAGUGAUGCUGAAAAUGUUACCCUUGAUGCCAAAAAAGAGUCUGCAUUCCUUCGGAGUGAAAAUCUGCAACUGAAGGAGAAAAUGAUGGAACUUUCAGUACGCUUUGAGCAAAUGGAAAAAGAUCUAUCAAUCUACGAAAAGCAGUUGGAAAGUGAAAAGGCAAAAUAUAAGAGCAUGCAGACAGAUCUACAAAAAGAAUUGCAAUAUGCUUUCAGUGAGAUUAACCAACUGAAUGGCCUUAUGGUUGGAAGGGUUCCUCAAGAUUUGCUUUCACGUGUGGAACUAGAUAAGAAGAUUGUGGAUUACUCUAAACAACUGGAAAAAGCACUAGAAGACAAAAAUAAUUUAGAGAAAGAGGUUCAUGAAGUUUCUGAAGAACUGGGUUUACUAAAGGCUGAGCGAGAACAAUCUGCAAUUGUAAUGAGCAGCCAAGAAUAUAAGCUGCAGGAACAAUCCAAGCAAAUUGAUAAGUUGACAGAGGAUGUGGCACACUACGAGUCACAAUUGCUUCAAACUGAAGAACAACACCUUGAACUUAAAAAAAUGCAUGAAGAGUUGCAGGAAAAAUGUUUAUUUGCAAACAAAGACAUUUCUGAAAAACAAAACGAAGCUGAACAACUGACCAAAGAAGCAGAACAACUCAAAGGAUUUGUGGAGAUGUUAGAAGGGAAGCUGUCCUCCAAAACUCAAGAAGCUGAAGAUCUUCAAGAGCAAGCUGCCAAACUCCUUCAGUUGCAAAAUGAAAAAGAGGAACUUGAAGUUGCCCAUCAAACACUUCUUCAUGACAUGGAAGAGCUGAAGGGCAAUUUCAAGGGAAUGCAGAUUUCACUAGAUAACCAGCAAAUGGAAAAACAAGAGUUUGUUCAAAAACUUCAGGAGUUAAAAAAUGAGAUGAGUGAGUUAGUCAUGGAAAAGGAAACACUUCAGCAGAAGAUGGAAGACAUUGAAGCUGAACGGGAUAGCCUAAAGCAAGAUCUAAAUGAAAAUAUUGAACUGUCAAUUGAAACUCAAGAGGAGCUGAGAACUGCACAGGAAGAACUUAAACAGCAGAAACAGAUUGUUAAAGACCUAAAAAAACAAAUUGAGGAAUAUGCAGAAAGCACUUCACUAGAGACGGACUAUCAAGGCAUUUUGCAAGAAAAGGGGACUCUUCAAAAUAAAUUGCAAGAAAGUGAAACAAUGUGCCAGAAACUUGAGGAUGAGCUAAACGAGCUUAAAAGGGUUAAUCAAAACUUGAUAACAGAAAUUGAUUGCCUUCAUGAAAGCUUGAAAACAGCCCAGGUGACACUAGAAAACGUAGAAGAGGAGAAACAUGAUGUUUCACAAAAACGUUGCCACCUAGAGGAGCAGUUGAGAACUGUAUCCCAUGAAAGAGAUGAAGUAAAAAAUGAAAUUGACAAACUCAAGGAACUUGAAAAGACUGUUAGAGAGCGCCCUCUAGAAAAUAAUUUGUAUGUUGAAAGAAACCAGUUGCAUGAUGAUGUCAUAGUUAAGCAACUAGAAGAAAAAUUAUUGGAAGCUCUAAAGGAGAAAGAUGAACUGCAGGAAAUCAUAGGAAGUCUAAAAGAAGAGCGUAACCAACUGAGAUUUGAUCUGCAAGAAAAUAUUGAAAUGUCCAUUGAAACUCAGGAUGAAUUACGAUGUGCUCUAGAGGAGUUGAAAAAGAAACCACUGUUGGAUAACAUGAAUGACCAAGUACAAAAGGAUCAAACUAGAAUCCUAACAGAAUUGGAAUAUAAAAUACGUCAGUUGGAAGAACAACUUGAUGCCAUCGCAAGCGAGCGAGAUAAUCUUGUGAUUGAGCUCAAGACAGCAGACCAGAAGCAUGAGUCUACAGAGGCAGAAGAAUGCAAAUCUGUCUGCGUAGAAGAGGACAUGAAUAAGAUCAAAGAUAACCUGAGGGAAGGUAUAAUGCAGGCAGAUAAUGAAAUAAAGAAAACCUGUUUGAGAUGUGCAUGUCUUCUAGAUGAAGAACAGGUUAAUAAACUCAAUCUUCAAAGUGAAAUUGAGGAGAAAAUAAAAAUAAUUAAAGAGCAAGAGAGUCAACUUCAUGAAGCAGAUACUAAAUAUAAGACAACAAUAGAAACAAUGGAAAUGGUGACUAGGGAAAAAGACCAGCUGCUUCUUACUCUGAAUUCUUUAGCAGAAACCAAUGAGGCAAUCGCAAAAGAAUAUGAAGCAUUCAGACAGGAAAGAAAGACUAAAGACCAGUUACUGCAGACAUCUUUUGAGAUUAGUAUGCUAAAUGCUGAGGGAGAAAUGAAAGAAUCUCUGACCAGACUAGAAGAUGCAGAAAUUGAAAAUUAUACAAAUACUGAGAAACUUGACCAACUACAUCAGCAGCUGGUUACCAUUUCUUUUGAAAAAGAAGAGCUUCAAAGUGUAAUUGAAAACCUUAAAGAAAAUGCACAUCUGAUAAGCGAGCAGCUUAAAGAUGCUGAGAAGGAGGCCAAGCAAAACUUUGAAAACCAGUUCAAAAAUUCACAGGAAUCAUUGCUCCGUGAAAUAGAACAACUGAAAGAGCAAUUAAAGAUCACUGAAACAAAACUUGAAUUAAGGGCAAAUAAUGCACCUUUCUGUGAAAAAGAAUCCAGUCUAACCGAAUCUGCAUUGGUUUUAAACAGUGAAACUAUUGAGGUAGGCUUGUAUAAUUUCUCUAAUGAAAAGGAAACAGAGAUAAAUCAAAGUAAUCUAUCUGAUAUGAGACUACUGGAAGAAAAUCUUCAGUCCUGUCAGGCAUUGAUGAAAGUAAUACAAUGUGAGAAGCUGGAGCUUGAAGACAAACUAAAACACCUUCAAGAAGAGUUAAUGAUUGUAAGCCGGCAAAAGGAAGAUCUUCAGUGCAAGCUUGUUAGACUGUUGGAGACCUCUGAAGAAAAUACUCAAGAAAAUGAGGGAAAACUGCAAUCGGAAGAUAAAGAAGCUGAUGGAAAUUCCUUUGAAAAGCUUAUCCAGCUCCAACAGCAGCUACAUCUUGCUUCCCAAGAGAGAAUGCAGCUUCAGGAUUCAAUUGAUAAACUUAAGAAAGAAAAUGAUCAACUUAUGCUGAUGAUUGACCAUCUAAAAAGCUCCGAAAACGAGACUAUUGACAGACUAAAUGAGCAAUGUCUGGGUUCUCAAGAGGCUUUGGUAAAGGAAAUUGAAAGUAAACAAGAAUAUAGUCAGCAAAGUUGUUCCUCUGAGAUAAAACUGCCGGAGGAGACUCUUCUGACUACCGAGACAUUACUGGAAACUAUACAAAAUGAAAAGAGAGAGCUAGAAAACCAGCUACGUGUUCUUCAGGAAGAGGUUUUGAAUCUUAAAAAUGAAUUGCACCAGAAGACUGCUGAGGAGCAACAAAUAACUGACAAAUAUGAACAAGUCCAACACAACCUUAAAUUGAAGGUGGAUGAACUAACUGAGACUGUAACAUACGCAGAGUCAGCACUAGUGGCCUUGCGCAUGGAGAAGAUUGAUGAUGAACAAAAAUUAACUGAUCUUCAGCAGAAGAUGGACAUUGUUCUCCAGGAAAGGGAUGAACUGCUGAAUGCAAAGGAGAGUCUUACAGCUGUGAGUGAGCAAUUGAAAGAAGCCCUAGAACAUAAUAUUUCAAAGGAGACUAUUGACAGACUAAAUGAGCAAUGUCUGAGUUCUCAAGAGGCUUUGGUAAAGGAAAUUGAAAGUGAACAAGAGCAUAGUCAGCAAAGUUGUUCCUCUGAGAUAAAACUGCCGGAGGAGGCUCUUCUGACUACCGAGGCAUUAAUGGAAACUAUACAAAAUGAAAAGAGAGAGAUAGAAAACCAGCUACAUGUCCUUCGGGAAGAGGUUUUGAAUCUUAAAAAUGAAUUGCACCAGAAGACUGCUGAGGAGCAACAAAAAACUGACAAAUAUGAACAAGUCACACACAACCUUAAAUUGAAGGUGGAUGAACUAACUGAGACUGUAACAUACGCAGAGUCAGCACUAGUGGCCUUGCGCAUGGAGAAGAUUGAUGAUGAACAAAAAUUAACUGAUCUUCAGCAGAAGAUGGACAUUGUUAUCCAGGAAAGGGAUGAACUGCUGAAUGCGAAGGAGAAUCUUACAGCUGUGAGUGAGCAAUUGAAAGAAGCCCUAGAACAUAAUAUUUCAAAGGAAACUAUUGACAGACUAGAUGACCAACGUCUGAGUUUUCAAGAGACAUUGGUAAAGGAAACUGAAAUGCAGCUGGAGCAGACCACGUGUGAAACAUCAGAGACGGUGCAAAAUAGUCAGCUAGAAGUAACUUCUGUAAUUGCGGGAGCUGAACAGUCACCUGUGAAACAUCUUUCAAAAACUGAAGACCUUAAUGAAGCUCCCUUAGAUCUUUGUCAUGCUGAAAUUGAACAAGAGCGUAGUCAGCAAAGUUGUUCCUCUGAGAUAAAACUGCUAGAGGAGACUCUGCAGACUACCGAGGCAUUAAUGGAAACUAUACAAAAUGAGAAGAGAGAGCUAGAAAACCAGCUACAUGUCCUUCGGGAAGAGGUUUUGAAUCUUAAAAAUGAAUUGCACCAGAAGACUGCUGAAGAGCAACAAAUAACUGACAAAUAUGAGCAAGUCCAACACAACCUUAAAUUGAAGGUGGAUGAACUGACUGAGACUGUAACAUACGCAGAGACAGCACUAGUGGCCUUGCGCAUGGAGAAGAUUGAUGAUGAACAAAAAUUAACUGAUCUUCAGCAGAAGAUGGACAUUGUUAUCCAGGAAAGGGAUGAACUUCUGAAUGCAAAGGAGAGUCUUACAGCUGUGAGUGAGCAAUUGAAAGAAGCCCUAGAACAUAAUAUUUCAAAGGAAACUAUUGACAGACUAGAUGACCAGUGUCUGAGUUUUCAAGAGACAUUGGUAAAGGAAACUGAAAUGCAGCUGGAGCAGACCACGUGUGAAACAUCAGAGACGGUGCAAAAUAGUCAGCUAGAAGUAACUUCUGUAAUUGCGGGAGCUGAACAGUCACCUGUGAAACAUCUUUCAAAAACUGAAGACCUUAAUGAAGCUCCCUUAGAUCUUUGUCAUGCUAAAAUUGAACAAGAGCGUAGUCAGCAAAGUUGUUCCUCUGAGAUAAAACUGCUGGAGGAGACUCUGCAGACUACCGAGGCAUUAAUGGAAACUAUACAAAAUGAGAAGAGAGAGCUAGAAAACCAGCUACAUGUCCUUCGGGAAGAGGUUUUGAAUCUUAAAAAUGAAUUGCACCAGAAGACUGCUGAAGAGCAACAAAUAACUGACAAAUAUGAGCAAGUCCAACACAACCUUAAAUUGAAGGUGGAUGAACUGACUGAGACUGUAACAUACGCAGAGUCAGCACUAUUGGCCUUGCGCAUGGAGAAGAUUGAUGAUGAACAAAAAUUAACUGAUCUUCAGCAGAAGAUGGACAUUGUUAUCCAGGAAAGGGAUGAACUGCUGAAUGCAAAGGAGAGUCUUACAGCUGUGAGUGAUCAAUUGAAAGAAGCCCUAGAACAUAAUAUUUCAAAGUGUACAGAGGCUCAAGAUCAACUAGGAAGAGCACAAGAUGAGUUGAAAUGCCAAAGGGAACUAUUUGAUGAUUUGCAAAGUCAAGUUUCUUCUAGACCUACAAAAGAACUUGUACAAACCCUGGAAGAGAAGAUUCUGCAACUUGAGAAAACAUUGAAUCAGAAGACUGCAGAAGAGCAACAACUGAUUGAUGUACAUGAGCAAGCUCAACAUAAAAUUAAUUUGAAGGUGGAACAGCUUACAGAGACUAUGAAGUAUGCUGAGUCUGAACUGGAGUCUUUGCAAGCAGAGAAGCUUAAUGCUGAAGAAAAAGUUCUUAAUAUUCAACAGCAGAUGGAAAUGGUCUCUCAUGAGAGAGAUGAGCUGUUAAUUACAAAGAAUACACUAGUGGAAGAGAUUGAAAAAAUGAAAAAUGACCUGCAAGAUCAUAUUUCAAUGUGUACAGAGGCUCAAGAUCAACUAGGAAGAGCACAAGAUGAGUUGAAAUGCCAAAGGGAACUAUUUGAUGAUUUGCAAAGUCAAGUUUCUUCUAGACCUACAAAAGAACUUGUACAAACCCUGGAAGAGAAGAUUCUGCAACUUGAGAAAACAUUGAAUCAGAAGACUGCAGAAGAGCAACAACUGAUUGAUGUACAUGAGCAAGCUCAACAUAAAAUUAAUUUGAAGGUGGAACAGCUUACAGAGACUAUGAAGUAUGCUGAGUCUGAACUGGAGUCUUUGCAAGCAGAGAAGCUUAAUGCUGAAGAAAAAGUUCUUAAUAUUCAACAGCAGAUGGAAAUGGUCUCUCAUGAGAGAGAUGAGCUGUUAAUUACAAAGAAUACACUAGUGGAAGAGAUUGAAAAAAUGAAAAAUGACCUGCAAGAUCAUAUUUCAAUGUUUGCAGAAACUCAGGAAGAACUAAGAAAAACACAAGAUGAUUUAAAAUCCCAGAAGAAAUUAACUGAUGAUCUGAGAAUUCAGGUUUUUUCUAACUCAACAGACAUUGUGCAAUCCCUAGAAAAACAGGUUUUGAGUCUUAAAAAGGAAUUGCAGCAAAAAACUGUAGAGGCACAAGAACUUAUUGAUGAUCAUAAGCAAGCCCAGCACACACUCAGACUGAAGGUAGAACAACUAAUGGUGACCAUAAACCACUUUGAGUCAGAACUUGAGGCCCUUCAAGUGGAGAAGUCAGCGGCUCAAGAAGAACUCUUUUUCAUUCAGCAACAGAUGGAUACUGUUAACCAGGAGAAGACUGAGCUGAAGAACAUACAUGAAAAACUAAUAGCUGAAAGUAACCAACUGAAAGACGACCUGAAAGAAAAUGUGUCAAUGUCCAUUGAAAUUCAAGAUGAACUUAGAAGAGUUCAAGAAGAAUUGCAGCAUCAAAAGCAUAAAGAACUAGAGUUAAAUACAAAGGCUUCUAUACUGGAACAAAAGAUUUCCUCUGGCGAGGAAGAAAUGGCUAAUAUUGUCACAAAAUUAGAGGAAGCCAUUAGUGAGAGAGAAGCUAUUGCACAAUCUAAAGAGCAACUUGCUUCACAACUGGAGCUAAUGAACCAGUCACUAAUUAGUAAGGACGCUGCAUUUGAGUUGCUGGACAAGGAAAAGAUGGAAGUUGCAAGCAAAUUGCAAGAUGUUGAACAAAGUAUGAAAGCUCUCUCUGAGGAGAGGGAUCAGUUACUGCAGCUAAAUGUAACCUUACAAGAAGAGACAAAGAAGUUAAAUGAGUACCUACAGCAACUUCAACAUCAACAUGAUGAUCUUUGUGUUGAGAGAGAAGCACUGGUUACUGAAAACAAACAGCUUAAGGAGAGGAUUGACAAUAUUGAUGCUGCAACUCAGCAGCUUAAAUCUGAAAAAGAUGUUCUUGAAAAGCAGAUAAAGGAAUGUGAUAUGGAAAUAUCAAGUUUUCAUCAAGAAAAGGACCAGUUUCAGCAACUGCUUGACAGAAUUAGAAAUGAAAAGGACAGCAUUUACUCGGCUCUUCAAGAUCAAGAAAAAACAUGUAAGGAGCUAAGAGGGGAACUACAAAAGUGUCAGGAUGAACUUAAAUCCAAUAAUGCUUUAAAUCAACAUACAAAAAAAGCUGAAAACCUUGACGAUGUAUUACAGCAACUUUCAUCUCUACAGCAACAACUAGAACAGCAAAAACAGAAAUUAACUGCUGAAAGAUUUAAAAACCAUGAACUUUGUGAAAAUGUCAAUCUGCUGGAGAAAAAGAUUGAAGUAAUGCAUUCAAUUAUGGAUGAACCCGAUGAACCUGAACAGCAAGAUGAACUUGUAGAGCGCACUGAACUCCUUGAGACUAAAAAUCAAGAACUGAAGAACAUGAUAGGAAAGGUAUCGGAGAUGUAUUCUGAGCAUCACAACUUGCUGAAUCACAUUACCAGGGAUCUUCAAUUCCAUGUUGAUUCAGAAAAACAGUCCUUGAGUGCUAUCAAAGAAUCUCUAUCAUCUACAAUGUCUAAAGCAUUUGGAAAUCUACAGACUGAAUAUCUGAAGCUAAAUUCUCAAUUGCAGGCAAUUUUAAAUAAGUUUAAGAUUGGUUGCAGGGAUUCUGCACUUGGAGAAGAUGAUUACAGUUUGAUAAAGGAAUAUGAAAAAGACUUAUGUGCAGAGCAGAAGAAACUUGAUGAAAUGGAGUGUAUUGAAGAGCAUGGCACAAAGUUUUCAGAUGCAGCAUUGAAAGAUCUUAAGCAUUUUGAAACUGAAUACAUAAAUCAACUGAUUUUAAAGAAAAUCACGCUCGUAAAGCGCAUUGAAGGUGAUUUUUCAGAAGUACAAGUCAAUCUCAACAGUUUGGAAAGUCUGUUACAAGAAGAGGUGAAUUGUAAAAAAGAAUUUCUUGUUUGGCUGGAAGGAUAUAAGAGUCUAGAAGUUGAUGCCUUGAAACUGAAUGAAGGAGUUAAGAAUGAAUACAAAAGAAUUGCUACUGUAAUCAAACUUUUAACUAAAAAGAUAAAGGUAGUUGCAGCAUACAAAACAAAUAGUGAGUUAAGAUCCUAUAUAAACAAGCUUGAUUCAGAACUGCAAGAAAUAAAAAGGAAAAACCAGGAAAAAAUGGAUAAAAUGAAACUCCGCUUUCCUAAUGGGAGCUCUGAUGUACUUGAAGAAGAAAAUGCAGCACUUAUAGCUCGUCUCAAGACUUUAGAAGCAGAAUUAAAGAAAACACAGUCCAGGAUUGAAAAGUUAGAACAGGAACUUGAUUGUGCUAAAAGAACCAUCAGUCAAAAGGAAAAAAAUGUGGAAUUGUUGCAAAGUCAACUAUUGUCAAGAACUGCAGAGUCUGAACUAGCUAAUAUGCAAGUAAAGUUGACUGAAAAAGAAAAUAAUCUGAAAGCUGCAUUCAAAGAAAUACAGUCUCUCCGGGACAAAGUUGCACAAGGUGCACUACCUUACAGGGAAGAAAUUGACCACCUCAAAACUCAGUUGGUGAAAAUAGAAAUGGAAAGAAUGAAGUUGUCGAAGUCAACGGACCAGGAAAUGUCAUCAUUAAAGGCUUGUCUCGAUGAUAGAGAGGACCGCCUCCGGAAAUUAAAAGAACAGUUGAGGCGAACACAACAAGACCAUGACAGUACAUUUGUUAGAAACGAUCAUACCACUACCUCAAACGUACCUCUGACGUGUGGGGGUGGAAGUGGCAUUGUUCAAAGCACUGCUAUGCUUGUGUUACAAUCUGAAAAAGCAACUUUAGAAAGAGAACUUGCACAAUAUAGGAAAAAAUGUGAUCGUCUUUCAAGAAAUAUGUCACAUCUUGAAGAUGAGUUUAAGAAAUCAAAGGAAAAAGUAACCAGGCCAGAAACAAUUGUGGGUUCUGUUUGCAAACCACCAAGAUCACCAUGCAAGAUUGAACGACACACUAUCCAUGGUAUAUCGCCAAGCAAGACUGAGACACACAGAAAGCAUUUGAGGUCUCCUAGAAAGACAGAGUCAGAAAUGUGUUAUCCAGCAUCUCCAGUAAAGACUGAGUCACAGAGGAAGCGUCAAACAUUGUUCAGUGACUUGACUGUUUCCCCAAACAAAAGGAAAAAUUUACAGGAAUGUUUAGAGUCCCCAAAAAGUAAAUUCUUUGAUUCAAAGUCAAUGCCUCCACCAUUGUAUAACCCAAGUCAGUUUUUUGACAAUUCCUGCCUUGGUGUCUUUUCAGAUCAAAAACCAGUGGCAUCUACUGAAACAAAUGAAUACGAGUGGUGGAAUGAUCCUAAUAGAGAGGUUGCACCUGAAUGUAAAACCUCAUAAAGUCUACUGAGAAUAUUAAAACUGUAGCUUCGUCAGAAAAGCACUAUUUUAGAUUGUGUUGUCCUUUUAUUUCUAUGUUUAUCUGUGUUUGUAUUUGUUAAUAAAUAUUGCACAUA